UCAUGUGUGUCUACUAUCGCGUGCCGCGGGGAACUACAAGUUCCAGAUUCCACAAUGCGGAAGUAGUACAACAAAACACAGAGCUUGCAGCACCAGAGCAGAGAAGAUGUCUCAUGUCGUAAAGAAAAGAAAACUGGAUAAAAGCCGGCAGGACAGACUGUACUUUGACAGCUACACCGAUGUGACGAUCCACGAGGAAAUGAUAGCGGACCAUGUCCGCACGAACACGUACCGGAUGGCGAUAAUGAGGAACAGUGAGUCCAUACGGGGGAAAGUUGUGCUGGACGUCGGGGCAGGAACCGGCGUUUUAAGCAUUUUCUGUGCACAAGCCGGUGCCAAGAAGGUCUACGCCGUCGAAGCCUGCUCUAUCGCCGAGCAGGCUGUCAAAAUAGUGAAGCAGAACAACAUGGAGGAUAAGAUUGAAGUCAUUCGAGGCACAGUGGAGACGGUGGACCUACCGGAGAAGGUAGAGGUGAUAGUGAGCGAGUGGAUGGGUUAUGCCCUGCUGCACGAGUCCAUGCUCAACUCGGUCCUGUACGCACGCGACAAGUGGCUGCAGCCGGGCGGCAUCAUCCUGCCCAGCAAAGCCGAGCUCUACAUCGCUCCCAUCAGCGACCCGGUGGUGGAGGACCGCCUACACUUCUGGUACACCGUCAAAGACCAGUACGGCGUCGACAUGUCCUGCAUGUCAGACUUCGCCACGAGAUGCAUCAUGAACGCCGACAUCACCGUGAACUCCGUGACCGUCGAGGAUGUGCUCUCCCACCCGGCCCGCUUCGCCGAGCUCGACCUGCACUCGGUCACCGUGGAGGAGCUGCUGCGGUCGGUGAAGGGCAGGUUCAGGUGCGAGUCGUUCGGCUCGGCGGCGGUGAACGCCUUCUGCGUGUACUUCACGGUGACUUUUCCGUGUCCGGACAAACCGCUAGUGCUCUCCACGUCCCCGUUCAAACCGGAGACGCACUGGAAGCAGGCGGUGCUGUACCUGGACGCUCCGGUGGACGUGGUGCAAGACACGGUGGUGACCGGAGAGGUCAGCAUGUUCCCCUCGGAGGAGAGCGCCAGACAUAUAUGUAUCCACGUGGACUACACGAUAGGAGAGCACAAAAGACAGUCCCGGACCUUCUCUAUCCCUGACUGGAGCAGUGAAGCUCAGCCAUAGUGUGAUAGUCUAACCACAACACAACAGUCAGAAUGCGUGUGUUGUUGUCUGUUACUAAGGUUCACACACCUGCUCGCUGCAAAAGUGGAGCCAUGACUUCAUAUGUGACUGUAUCCAGAAACAUCAAAAUAACAUCAGGCACUGUCUCACAAGGACAAAUGCAUGAAGGGACUACAGCUGACAUCUUAUUCAUACACACAGGUUUUGACCCAUUGUUUCAGACUGAAGUCUUAAACCGUAGCCCAUUUUUGACACCAGCUACUGCAAGUCAACAGGUUAACUACAUUACAUGCUGUUUUUAUGUUGUGUUUUUGCUUGUUUUUACACCUAAUAAAUAAUUUGACACCUUGAUAGGAA